AUGGCUCUAAGUCGCAGAGAUGUAAUCCUCGCAAGCAUUGCAGCGUUCAUCUCCUGGGGCUUCGUCACCCACUGGGUACCGACUUUGCGCUGGAUACCUCACGCCUUUCUCGCCGGCGUCGCUGUAACGCUAUUGGGUUUCUUCUGGACUAUAGUAUCCGUAUCCCAACAGCCACGUGAAAAUGAAAGAGCAGGGACUGAUACGAAGCGCAACGUGGCUUUCGUUUCUCCGGCGGCUUGGAGAGCGGAAACCGCCGCCCUGAAGGGCAGGUUGCAAUACACCAGUGAACAACUCUAUCCACAAUCACCUGUUAUCUCCGGCCGCCUUGAUACGCUCGUUGGACUCUUACUGCGGGACUUCGUUAUGAGCUGGUAUGGAGCCAUCAGUGGAAGACCUACGUUUUCGAACGAAAUCGACCGGGCUGUGCGUGCCGCGCUGGUCAAUAUUCGGGAUAGAGUUCUGAGCCUCGACAUGACCGAGAUUGGGGUGUCAAGAAUGUUACCAAUAGUGACCGAGCACAUGCGGGAUUUCUACGAGGCGGAACGAUUAGUCAGAGGAAGGAAACUCUCACGCAACGUCACGGAGUCUGAAGAGCUUGACCUUGCUAUUGCUGGGAAAUAUCGGGAUGGUCAUCUACACCCAGCCGCAUCUCUAGCAUACUCCAGCACGAAACUUGCAGCGCAGCAGCAUCUCCGCAGUGUCGUCACGCGCCUGCUGCCCAAAGUCUUGCCACCCAGUAUGAUUACCAGUCCUGCUGUCACUGUCUUAAUCAAAGAAAUUGUUUCUUGCGCAGUACUUUCUCCCGUUAUGCAAAUGCUUGGUGAUCCGGAUGUGUGGAACCAGCUCCUGGAGGCAUACGGACGCACAGUGCUCCAAGACCGCAAGACGGUUCGCAGAUUGCGUGCUGCUCUCGAUGAACAUGCACCGCCUUCCCCGAAGCCAAAGAAAGAUGGGGGCCUUGCUAAACUCGCUCCAAAUGAUAGUGAGCGCAGAUUCGAGAAGUUUAUACGAUCCAUUCGGCGGUGCAACUCUCUAGCAGAUGCUCGGCGCUUUCGCAGCGAAAUAACGAGUCAAUUCAGUAAGCCGGGCGCCGCAGGAGCUCAAGACCCUGUUUAUCUUCGCCGUCUUGAGACUGGGAAACGUAUCCUGGAUCAGAGGAUUGCCCAGCUGAGCGCUGGAGGCACUAGUAAACCCGCCCUGUCGGUGCAAACCCGACCUGGAUCUUCACGCUCUACGUCUCGUAUUGAAGAUGCCUCGCUAAGACAAGUUCUGUACGAUUCCUCGGGGUUAUCCUACUUCAUGGAGUACAUGGAUCGCAUGGGUCUUAUGCGCCUUGUCCAAUUCUGGAUCGUGGUUGAUGGAUUUCGAAAUCCUCUAGAAGCAGACACCGACGAGCCAGAAGACUAUUUGACAGCAGCACCCUCAUGGACAGACUCAGAGCGUGCGGAUCUUAUGCAGAUCAAUGAGGGUUACCUGGUGAAGCCUGAGCUCAAGGUGUCCGACGAUGCACGUCGUGCCGUCAAGGAGUUUCUCAAAGCCGGAAGCAAUGCAAGUCCGGUUCAAUACCACGCAGCGCGGCGCGCUGUCCUGCACGCGCAGAGCGCGGUCUACGAAGAGCUGACGGAACGCUACUUCCCGAAUUUCAAAGUAUCUGACCUGUACCACAAAUGGCUUGCGUCCGAACAAGCGUCCGUAGCACCGAGGAGUAUAGCGGUUAGCAGAGACGAGUCACCAUCUUCACGUAGAUUUGCUGCGGCUCUACGACCUGCACCACUCAAGCACGCGACUUCCACGGGGCUGCGAACUGCUGCGCCCGAUCUCCGGAGGGCUGUCGCGUCUUCUUCGGAUCUCCGCAACACUACAAGGGCUGUCGACAAUGGUGCACCAUCCCGACGCUCGAUGGACGACUCUGCAGCACGAAAGCCACUCUUCGACGAUGAUGAUGAUGAUGACCCUCUUGCGCAGUCGACGCAAAGUUUACAGAGCGUGGAUUCCGAGCCAGAGCAACACCAAUUCAACAGCGACGAUCCUCGCAUUGUAGAUGCAAUGCAAGAGGCAUUGAAUGACAUCAUGGGUGAUGACCCUGACAAAACUUCACUGUUCUCUGAUCCGAGCGUAAGAUCGCCAGAAGAUUACAGUCACGCGCGAGGGUCACUCGAACUGCCAAGACCCAUAUCUCCAGGCUCGGAGAGUAGCAGGGAAAAGCCGAGCAUAGCCUCUCUUGGCCUACUUGGUACGCCAAACAGAAGAAGCGGAGUGUUCUCAGAUGACCUCUUUGGCGGCGAUGAGGAGAAGUUCCUUGAGGAUGAGUACGAUACCGACGUUGAUGACAAAGACAAAGAAGAUGGAAUCCACGAGGCAGCCCCUGGAGAUCUUGGUUUAGCCGAGGCGGUCGACGCCCUGACAGCAGAGAUUGAGAGACUGGUAACUCAGGAGUUGAUAGUCGACUCGUUGACAAAGAAGGCAGAGCUGACCAACAACUCCGCUGAGUUGAGAAUCCUUCGGAAAUCAAAGGCAAGCUUGCAAAGAGAAAUUCACAGGAAAGAGCUACAGAAGCAGCAAUACAUCAUCCAAGAAAGCGACAACAGUCUGUAUGGCCGCGCCACUGUAUCGAUCCAGUCAAUCAUGGUUGCCACCGAAGAUGAUGGCCGAGAAUACGCUUUGUACGUGAUCGAGGUCCGGCGUCAGGCCGGCGAUCAGAUGCCGGCGGCGGCUUGGGUUGUCACAAGAAGAUACAGCGAGUUUCAUGAGCUCAACAAGCGGCUGCGGUCACGGUAUCCCAUGAUCCGCAACCUCGACUUCCCUCGUCGACAAAUGGUCCUCAAAUUGCAGAAGGAUUUCUUACAGAAGCGCCGUGUGGCUUUGGAGCGGUACUUAAGAGAACUCCUGCUCGUUCCCGCUGUCUGCCGCAGCCGCGAACUCCGGGCUUUUCUCUCCCAACAAGCCAUCUCAUCCGCUUCGCCAUCUUCCCAAACCGCAGAGACCCGCGAUCUCGUGACGCGCAUCUACAACUCCGUUACCGACGGUAUGGAAGACUUCCUCGGCAACGUUCCUGUCCUUGACCAGCUCUCAAUCGCCGGCCAGAAUCUCAUCUCCGCCGCCACUACCCAGCUGGCCGCCACGAACGGCGGCAUGGGCUCUACGAUGCCUACAGCGGCGCUUUCCAACGAUCCGGCCACCGCCGCGGAAGCGGAGAAGGAGCUCAGAGCCUUCGAGUCAAGGGAGGUGGAACCGUUUGUCAAGCCUAUCUGCGACCUCUUUCUUGAGGUGUUCGAGCUCAACAAAGACUCCAAUUGGCUCCGCGGCCGCGCUGUUGUGGUCGUGCUGCACCAGCUCCUUGGCGGGACGAUUGAGCGGAAAGUGAGGGAAAAUGCGAAGGCUUUCUCGCAGGAAGAGAACGUGGUCAAGUAUAUCGAUCUAAUCAAGGAGACGCUGUGGCCCGGCGGAAAGAUAAAGCAGCCAGGCGCUCCAAGGUCGAGCGCCGAGAAGGAUCGGAGCCGGAGGGAGGCAGGAUUGUUGCUUGCGACGCUCGUGCCGGAGUUGGCGGGGAGUGUGGUUGGGAGACAGAAUGCCCAAGCGGCGAGUAGACGGAUCUUGGCUACGGCUAAUAAUGAGAGGUUGAAUACCCACCUGGCGUUUACGCUGUUAGACGAGGUUGUCAAGAUAUUGUUCGAGGAAAGGUAG